AUGGCGAAUCAAGUAAGUUGUUCAAACAAGCCAGCGAAACCAACAAAAGGCAAAUCAACCAAUAACGUGAAAAGCAAAGCAAAUGGAACAAAAAAAAAAGACCCAGGGUGUGCUAACAAAGUUCAGGCUAAAUGUCCUUGUUGCAAGGCUUGCCCAAAAAACAAACCAGACGAAGGAAAUAAGCCGCGUAAGAAGUCAAACAAAAGUAAGAAAAAGAAAUGUUGUAAGUGUCCAAGUGUUGUGAGACCAAGUUGUCGUUGUUCAAAGGUUAACGCCAAAAAGCCUCGUAAGAAAUGCCAAUGUUCUAAUGCACCAAAGAAAGAAAAGAGUAUUCGAAAAACGGCUGAGACAAAAAGUGUCUGUGUUUGUUCUGGUAAUAAAACGAAAAAGGAACAAUCAAAGUCGAAAUCAAAAGUGAGAAAGUGCACGUGCAAAUGUAAAAGCUGCACUACUAAAGCUGUAACCGAACAAUCCAAACCUACAAAAACUGUUAAAGGAAAGUCCAAGUCUACUAACACUGAUAACAAACUAUUCAAGCCUACUAAAACCGUUACAGAACAAUCCAAACAAGCUACAAGCGCUGUUGAAGAAAAGUCCAGUCCUACUAGCGCUGAUAACAAACAAUCCAAGCCUGCAAGCGCUGUUAAAGAAAAGUCCAAGCCUACUAGCACUGAUAAAGAACAAUCCAAGCGUACCGGUGUUGAUAAAGAACAACCCAAGCCUACUAGCGCUGAUACGGAACAGUCCAAGCGUACCAGUGUUGAUAAAGAACAAUCCAAGCGUACCAAUGUUGAUAAAGAACAAUCCAAGCGUACCAACGUUGACAAAGAACAAUCCAAGCUUACUAGCGCUGUUAAAGAACAUUCCAAGCAUACUAGCGCUGUUAAAGAAGAAUCCAAGCGUACUAGCGUUGAUAAAGAACAAUCCAAGCUUACUAUCGCUGCUAAAGAACAGUCCAAGCCUGCUAACGCUGUUAAAGAACAAUCCCACCGCACCAGUGUUGAUAAAGAACAAUCCAAGCGUACCAGCGUUGAUAAAACACAUCCAGACAAGGAAUUGAACCAAAAUGGAGACGCAAGCAAGCGUAAGAAACACAAAUAAUGGCGAGCUUAUUAAGUUUCUUAAUUCUUCAAGUUAAGCACUAAGCUCUUUGGUAAGAAAAUACUAUCCAGCAAAAUGAAAAGUGGUUCGCUGCUCAUGGAAAUCGCACGGAAUCUAGCCUCUUUUUCUAUUUGAUUAUCUACAAAAUGAAGACAGUUUAAGGGCCGGAAGUAGUAAAUUUAAAUCGUCUUUUAAAUUGUUUGGCUCAUUGAGCUUGAGCUUUGGGCUUGAACUGAGUAAUUGAAAACUAAUUAGUAAAGUGCAACCAUCGACACCGACAAUAGAUCAUAUAAUUAAAUUUGAGAUCGAUUCUAUUCACAUUAUAUUAAAAUGCUUUGGCAUACCUACCUUACCAUAUCUUGAGCAAAUUUUUUAGAACCAUAUUUAUAUUAGUGAAUAAAUAUCUUCAGAGC